UAGAAGAAGAAGAUAGACAUUUUAUGUUGACAAAACUCUCAAGAUCUUCAUUGCGAACGGAAAAUUACUAUUAUUUAUGUCUACGAAAUUUCAUACGUAUACUUGUCUCAGGGAGAGACUGUUCGAUGGUUUUGUUUAGCUGAGAAAUUCGAACGAGAACGGAAAUAUUUUGCAUAUUAUAGUGAAGCAUGGCGGACGCAGCUGUUUAUGUAGAAACUGUUCUUGGAAAGAAAAAAUCUAAUCAACUUGGAAGAACUCUUACACACGAGCAUUUAUCUUUGUCUUUCACUGCUUUCUACGUUCCUCCUCCGUCUCAGUUGCAACGAUUUUUUAAUGACAAGAUUGAGCUUGAAAGUAGUGGUUUUCUGAAGCAAUAUCCUUAUAGCAGCUUCUAUAAUUUAACGUUUGACGACCAGCACACGGAGGAUGCUGUUUUGGAGGAUGUGAAACUGUAUAAAGAGUUUGGUGGUGGCACUAUCGUAGAAAAUAGUAAUCAUGGCUUAAAACGAAAUAUUCCGUUUAUGAAAAAAGUCAGCGAAGCGACCGGAGUUAACAUUAUUGCUGGCACAGGCUACUAUGUCAGUGCGACUCAAGCUAACAAGGUUUUAACAAAGGAACAUAUGUACAAUGUAAUACUGAAAGAAAUGACCCUUGGUUGCGAGGAAUGUCCAGACGUGAAAGCGGGAUUCAUCGGAGAAGUUGGAAGUACUUGGCCAAUCACACCUUUCGAGAAACGGGCCAUUCAAGCAACUGCGGAGGUUCAGGAUCAAUUAAAAUGCCCUGUUAGUUUCCAUCCUGGCAGAGAUCCUGCUGCACCUUCUGAAAUAAUAAGAAUUUAUCAAGAAGCUGGUGGUAAUACGAGAAAGGCGAUUCUCUCUCAUCUCGAUCGAACUAUACUUAAUCCAGAGCAGCUUUUGGAAUUUGCUGAUGAUACAAAAUGUUACUGCCAAUUCGAUCUGUUUGGAAGCGAAUGUUCUUUUUAUCAGUUGAACCCAUCAGUGGAUAUGGUGUCCGACGCACAACGAAUCGACCGAAUAAAACAUUUCCGAGGCAACCAGAAGUUGGAUCGUGUGCUCUUGAGUCACGACAUUCAUACUAAGCACAGAUUGAUAAGAUUUGGUGGACAUGGAUUUUCUCAUAUCUUGAACAACGUCAUACCGAAAAUGACGCUAAAGGGUUUCACUGCUGAAGAAAUCAAUACACUGACUAUUCACAAUCCAAGAACUUGGUUGACAUCUUAAU